AUGAAGCGCCUUCUCCCUCUCCUGCUGCAUCUAGCAGCAGCAGCAGCACCAGCAGCAGCAGCAGCAGCAGGAGCAACAGCAGCAGAGGCAGUAGACGAAUCCCACAGUGUACGUACACCCGAACAACAGACCUGCUCAGCCUACAGCUGGCUAGAGCAGGAGAUUUCUUACCUGCGCAACCCUCCUGCUUCAGCAGCAGCAGCACCAGCAGCAGCAGCAGCAGCAGCAGCAGACAGCACAGAAGCUUUAGACGAAAAUGAACCAGGAGAUUAUGUUGAGCUCUCUGAAGAAGCGCUGCAACUGGCCCUGCGAAAACGGCCGACGGCGUUAGUGCUGCUAGCAGACCCGAGGACGGCGUUGGUGCUGCUAGCAGACCCGAG